CAUUUAACAAUUUGUUAUUAUUGUUGAUUGUUAUAAGUCAACUCGUAGGUUGAAAUCGAAACAAUAAAAUAAAUGGUUGUGUAACUGAAUAGUUCUAUUAAAAUGCGGUGGAGUGAAAACGAAACAUAUCAAUUCGUUAAAAUAUAUCUAAGUCAUGAACUUUUGUGGAAUCCUGAGCACGCCGCGUACAGAAUCAAAGGUAAAAGGUUGAAGGCAUAUAGAGAAGUAAUCGCUGAACUAAACGAAAUAACGGGCAUAUUAUUGAAUGUAACAGAAUUAAAAAUAAAGAUUAAGAAUCUAAGGUCGACGUACAUGCAGGAAAUUGCUAAAAUUAAACAUCGAUCCGGCCCAGACUGGUCAUACAAACCGAACAUGAAGUGGUUUUCUGAAUGGCACAAACAUUUUGGUGGGUUGAAGAAAGCUCCUGAUGACUCCUCUACGUUCGACAGCCAACAAGAUUCUUUAGAUGAUGCAAACCAAAAAAUAUGGCUAUCAAGCACAGACAAUAUGGAAGAAGAAACCUUGGAGCCAUUCCCUGCAGACAAUGAAUACACAUUAAUUUUAAAAACGGAACCCCGGGAAGUAUCACAUAUGAAUGAAAGUAGAUACCAAAACAAAAAGAAAAAAAUGAACCAUAGACGGCCUAGUACAGACUGCUCUGAUAGAACCUUUGUGGAGAACAUAGACUCAAGUAUAGAGCCUUCUGCAAAAGAGGAUGAAUUUGAUAUUUAUGGGAAGUACAUUGCAUCGCAGUUGAGGAAGAUGGAUUUACAGAAAGCCUUGAGUGUGCAGCUUGAGAUUCAGAGUCUAGUUAGUGAAGCGAGGCUCUCUGGGUUAAAUGGAAAACAUUGAAAGACCUAAUUGACAUAAUUAUAAGUACAAAUCUUUUAUCUUAGGCUAGACUUACACUAUAUAUUUACUCUGUGGACUUAUGCAAUGCAGAUUGCCUUGAACCUAGUCACCUACGGAAGCAAUAUAAAAUUUUUAAGUAAUAUCAUUUCAGCAGUUUGACUAUGUCAGCCUGGCAGCUAGGCAUGGUGUCAAAUCUAAGACAUAUUAUGUUCAAAUACUCAAACGCCACUCAAUUUUAAGACACUCUCAACAAUAGUUCUGUCUCAACAUAUUCUUUACUAAAAACAGAAAUAACACGAUAUUUAACUUAAAAUUGAGUAUCA